AAUUUGUGUCAUUGUAAUUAAGAAAAACGGAAAUCGAUCUUUUUAAAUCGAAAUGAACCUCACUCGGUUCGAAUUAAAAAUCUUAUUCUAAAAAGGAAUAAACCGUCUAGGAUUUAAGAGGAAUGUCAAAAAAACCGGUACGAAGACGUGCCGGAAAUCGAUUUGGAACCAACGACGAAUCUCAUUGUUUUAAAGACAUUAAAUAUUGCCACGAAAAUGUUAAUUAUUACACCAAAGGAACAACAGCGUACCAACAUUACCACAGUUACAGAUUAAGUAACGGCUACCAUCAUCAUCAUCAUCAUCAUCACCAUUCUGAUAAUAACAAUAAUAAUAAUAAUACGAAUUAUCGAAACAUCCAGGAUAUAGAAUCAUCGUCCUCGUUCUCUAGUAGAACCAUUUCGAAACCGAUCUCGUUUACCAAUUACCACGUUCACCGACAUCAUAAGAAGAAUCAUCAUGUUGGUGGCAUCGGCGGCAGCUGUAGUCAUCAUAACUUUGAUAGACUCAAAGUUGUUCAUCCGAAGGGAUUGGUUUUCGUUUGGCCGAAGCGAAGAAGGUUUUAUUACGAGAAGGAACUUUCGUGUCUAUUGUGGAUGGUUUCUAAUGGUUUGUAUUGGAUGCAUGUAAUUAAUCUGUUCCCAAACGGUGCAGCGUUACCUUUAGAAGAACCCCCUUGGAAUUACACUCCACCACUACCUAUUCCUCAAACCAGAGAGUACAUCAUCGAACCUGAUUGGGAUUCGACUUACACUAUUUAAAUUACUAAAAAUCCGUUUUUCUUUCUGUUUUAAUAAAUAGAUAAAAACUCAAUA